GUCAAAAGAGUUAAGUACACGGAUUCUUUGAGAGCGUAUCAUCUCCCUUCUAAAUAAAUGAACCACAAGUACUUCCCCCCAGAGCAGAGAAACUUUUAUAAAAUUCACUUCUCGUCUCAGCCAAACUUUGCAUUGCAUCAGUGAAGUAAAGGCAGCUUGUGGCUUGUAGUGAGUGUAGUGGAAACAGACAAGUUUCUCUAUUUGUGCACAUGUAUCUAUGAGGCUUGUUGUGUUUAACUGUGGGUAGAGUUGUGGUUAAAUAAUGUGUUGCUCAUCUUUGGCUGCUCAAAGUUCAGCUCACUGUUUCCUUUCCCCCCACGGUGUGGCCGAAGUGUUAAUCCUCAAUGGUGACGGUUUAGAAGUGAGGUGGGGGCGACCAGCGCAACAGCUGGUGUUAUAAAGCAGGGUUCAAAACUUGUAUGAUUAAAAAGACGGAAGACCUAAAGCCAGCGUGCACAUAAAGCCUGCUGCGCGAGGCUGACUCUGACAACGACUCCACCAAGCAACAAUUAUUUUCUGUGAGCGAUUCAAGGCAUUUUUGCCGAGAGACACUUCAAUCAGCCACUGAAGGUCAACGCCGCAGUGUCAUUUUGAAGAUGAGAUUCGGUUCAUUAUUAGCAACUCUCGGCAUCAUCACUUGGAUGAGCUCAGCCCAUGCAACCCAGGGACCCGUGUCAAGCUGCUGUCCUGGGUGGUCCAACACCAGAGUCCGUGUUCAAAACGUUGCGAAUUACACCAUUCAGUCAGAAGGCGCCUGUGCCAUCAAAGCUGUUGUGUUUCAGACGAAAGUUGGAAAGACGAUCUGCUCCAGCCCUAACAGUGUUUGGGCAAAGAAAGCCAUGCUGAAGGUGGACGAGGAAUUGAAGAGAUUGCAAGGGAUGGGAGUCACCGAGCAGGCGUCAACAAGUGGCAUCAUGCCAGCUGCAAUGACUGUGUCAAAAAAUGUAAAGAAAGGGAAGAAAGGCAUGGAACGAAGAAGAGGACGGAAGAACAAAUCCAAGAGAGGGAGGAAGAUGUGGAGGCAGAGAAAAUAUGCCUAAGGAAUCAUAAGUCCUGUUUGUGUCAGCACACAUGUUUGUUUUAUACUGGACUUGUCUGAUGAUAUCAUAUUAACAGUAAAUACAACUGAAGCAAAGAAUAUCGUUAUUAUUAUUAUUGUUAUUAUUGUUUGUUAUUAUUAUUA